GCGUUUACCGCCUAAGGAGACCAUCCUAGAUGUGUCUGUAGCUAACCUCACCCGGACCAACCAGAUCACUACAGUUGGGUACCCAUGAGUACUACCCUGGUACUACCAUGGAAUCCCAGGUUAUCGUAAGUAUAUCACUACUUAUGAGUAUUCUCUAGUAGAUUCCUAUCGCACGAUGGAUAAUAGCACGUGUACUACUAUAGUACUGGUGAUACUAUGGCUUUCCCUGUGCUGCCAGGCACAGGGUUUCUUGUUGACCCUUGUAGACGUUGUGAACGCGACAAUACUACCCAUUAGUACUACCCUAUCCACUUUACUACUAGGAGUAUGUCUAUGGCAAUGUAAGAAGGCGGGUUACCUCGUAUCCCCAAUGACCUGGUACCACUGGGUAUUAUUGGUGCUAUUAGUAGUACUACAGGUAGUGGCAGUGGCGCUGGAGCAAGUAGGUUGGGGUCUAUGGAAGGUUCUAUUCCACGAUUCGAUAUAUCCUAUUUACGGUAUUGCAGUGGUAUUACUCGUUGUACUCUCUAUUCUUUGUGGCACCCUAUACUGCGGCUGGAAGUGUAACCUGUUCUGUAGACCAUGUUGCAAGAGUCAGUACAUAUGCUAUGGUAGUGCAAUAGUGGUAGUACUGGUGGUACUUCUAGUGUUGGCCGUGACAGCAUCAAUGGUAAAGUAUCUCGGUAAUAACUUUAUUCCCACCCAAGAAUAUUACAACUAUGAAAACUUAAAUGAAAUAUGGAGUGUUAGCUACCUUGGUAAAGUGUUAGUUCCCUGUACUCAAUGCUAUGCCAUGGCAGUUUUAUGGAAUACUACACUAAGGUUACCAUAUACAGUCGCGGAGGUAGUGGCCCUAGUUGUAUCCGCUCUUGCACUGGUUUCCAUAUUGGCAUUGGCAGCACUACCCAGUACUGUGGAAGAGGAGGACUCAGUAUCAUCCAGCGCUACAGCGUACUCUUUCUUAGCAGUGCAUCUAAUAGCCUUGAGUAUUACCUGGUACUGCCUGGAAUAUAAGGGGAUAUUCUACUGGCCCAAGGAUUACAUGUGCUUCGGGCUAUUCGCAGCAGUAGUUAUACUAGUAGCAUUGGUAGUGGUAGUGAUACAGAUUGCUAUGAAUGACAACAAACUUAAAGGUCUGGAAUUCACCUUGCUGGGCUACUCAAUAGUACUGAUGGUACCAACACUCUGGUAUGCAUACCGAUGUGGUCUGUUGACAUGGAGAUGGAAUUCCUGUCUCCCCAAGAAAAAGGAUCUCAAAACUACUGACAGUGCUGAGAACACUACACCAGACACUGAUAUCGCAAAGGAGUAGUAUUAGUGAGUACUUCCACUACCACCCUGAUACACUUAAUGGCCUAACUUUGGGUAGCCCAAUAUGAACUGGGAGCGUCCACUGUGGAAGAGUAAUUUGUAUUAUGUAUAUAAUAGAGAGUAGUGUUCAGAAAUUGGUGAACAUA